GUGUAUACGCCAUCAAGCGGCAAAAAGGGGAAAAAAGUGAAGUGCAAAAAGCCAGAGAAGCGGAAAGCAGAAAUCCGAAUUCACAAUUCAGUACAGAACCAUGUCGGACUACAGAUCCCAAUCUCGCAGCGGCGGAGGACGUGGCGGCGGCCAGGAGUACUCGAACGACGACGAUCCGCCGAUGUCGCGGCUGUUCAUCAUUUGCAACAAGGGGCACACCGAGGAUGAUUUCCGCGAGGCCUUCUCGCCGUACGGCGAAAUCGAGGACAUCUGGGUGGUGAAGGACAAGCACACGCAGGAGAACAAGGGCAUCGCCUAUGUGAAGUUCUCCAAGACAUCGGAUGCGGCCAAGGCGCAGGAGGAGAUGAACGGCAAGACCAUCGGCAAGAUGGAUCGCACCCUCAAAGUCCUGGUGGCAGCCAACCGCAAUCAGGGCUCGAAUAAGUCGGAAAACGAGCAGGAAAAGUAUGUCAGACUGUUCAUAGUCAUCCCCAAAACGGCCACCGAGGAGGACAUCCGCGAUGAGUUCGCCCAGUGGGGCGAGGUGGAAACGGUGACCAUUGUCAAGGAGAAAAACAACGGCAAUCCCAAGGGCUUCGGCUAUGUUCGCUUUACCAAGUUUUACUACGCAGCCGUGGCCUUUGAGAACUGCUCUGCGAAGUAUAAGGCAGUCUUUGCCGAGCCCAAGGGCUCCAGUCGCACACAGCGCGACCAGUACGGUCGUCCCUCCGAGGAUAAUCCCUUGUACAGCGGCUCGGGACGUGGCAACUCCAAUUUCAAUGGUGGUGGAAGCAGUGGAGGCGGUGGAAGCGGCAGCUACAACAACGAUUGGAAUGUUUCCCAGAACAACGAUAUGUCAGCCUUCCUACGCAUGCAGAAUGUCCCCGUGGCGCAGCCCUCUUGCCUGGAGGUCAACGUGAGCAACUGCGUCAACCAGGAUCAGCUGUGGCGACUCUUUGAUAUCAUUCCCGGCCUAGAUUACUGCCAAAUUAUGCGGGAACAUGGACCGCGCACCAAUGAGGCCUUGGUGGUGUACGACAACCCGGAAGCAGCUAUUUAUGCCAAGGACAAACUGCAUGGCCUGGAAUAUCCCAUGGGCGAACGCAUCAUUGUCAAAGUCAAUGGAAUGAGCUCGGCUCGCAUGGACACAUCCUUCAUAGACAAGCGCACCAAAAAGGAUGCCAUCUGCAAUGUGCCUUUGCCCCCAACACAGCCACUUGCCUCGCCCGACGCCCAGGUGGCCCAGCGUCUGUUUAUUGUGCUCUCAGCGAAUUUACCGCACUCGAUCUUGAAAAACAUAUUCUCCUGCUGGUCGGGACUGAUUGACGUCUAUCUGCUGCCCAACAAGAACUGCGGUUAUGUGAAAUAUGCGGAGACUGAGAGCGCCCAAAUGGCCAUUCACACCCUAAAUGGGGCUGAGAUAUGCGGUACUAAGAUUAAGGUCAUGGAGGCCGAGGAGCGCAGUGGAUCCGAUGGCGAUGAUGGAGGACGCAAACGUCUAAGGCGGAACUGAGUACCACCCACUGACAACCGCGAACUUACAGAGAACGCAAUGUACGAGUACGUAACUAACUUGAGAAUACAGUCCGAAUGAAAACAGUUGAACUGACAACAACCAAACACCAACGAUCACGCAACAACCAACCAACAACCAAUAAACAAUAAACAAACAACAACCAACACUCUCUUAACGGAAUGCCACAAGAACCACGAAGACUGGAGAACGCAGUACGCAGAACGCAGACCGGAAACGGAAACGGCGAACGGAGAACGGAGACGGGUGAACAAACAGCCAACGAAUUCACCACACCCGUUGACUACCAUUGACUAUAACUCAAGGGGCUCUCGUACAGAGCACUCGUAGAAAGACCCUAUACGACCUUUAAACGGAAUGCCAACGAAACCGCAAAGCUUGCUAAAAUAAUAUAUGUACUCAGAUACGUAUAAAACAUACCGCUUAGGGGACCUUUGAAUCUACCCGUGAUACAGAAACGAACUCUGUGUAACUUGAACUAUUACUAACGUAUUCCGACGAGAUCAUCCAGCAAAGCAAUGAAAUUUAAGCAAAAUGAAUUUCCCAAGAGUAUUGACUCUGUCUCGUAAGCUCACGAUUUAGCCGUGCGUGAAAGAUAUUCUUUUCAUAUAUACUAGAUUUAACCAAUAUUUUACUGUAUAAGCCAAUAAAUAAAUAAUAUUUAAUGGAAAACAAAAA